AUGAAUGAGCACGGUUCUGGCCGCCCACGGUCAGCACUUAUUCUCUAUGGUUCCGAGACAGGUAACGCUCAGGAGGUGGCGGAGGAACUGGGCGCUCUAAUGGAGCGGCUGCGUUUCGCGACUCAUGUUUCCGAGUUGAAUCAGUCAAAGCCUGAUGGUCUCCUCUCAUAUACCCUCACUAUAUUCGUUGUCUCUACAACUGGACAAGGUGAUCUCCCUGCGAAUGCACGGGCAUUCUGGAAGUUACUCUUGUUAAAGAAGCUUCCUCCGACGUUUUUGAACGGCGUCAACUUUGCCACAUUUGGUCUUGGGGAUAGCUCGUAUCCAAAGUUCAAUUGGGCAGUACGGAAGCUCUACAAGCGAUUGCUGCAGCUUGGAGCAAAUGAUAUUUAUCCCACAGGGGAAGCCGAUCAACAGCAUCCCGAAGGGCUCGAAGGCACAUUUAUACCAUGGAUGACAGACUUUCGAAAACAUUUGAUGGACAUACACCCCUUGCCUGCCGGUGAACAUCCAAUUCCGGAUGACGUUCAAUUACCACCAAAAUGGAUCCUUCAACCGGUUGAUGGGAGUGAAAUCACUUUGGCUCCGGAGAUAAUAACUUCAAAUUCCACCACACCCAUUGAGUCAAACGAGCACCCUGACUUGCCGCAUCUUGACCAUGAUAUUCGGCCACUCCCUGAUACCCUCACAUCGACGCUAGUCGAGAAUAGACGCGUCACCCCCAAAGGCCACUGGCAAGAUGUCAGACGUAUAUCUCUGACGGUAUCGGAAUCUGUCUCUUAUGUCCCAGGCGACAUGGUCGCCAUCACUCCUAAAACUUCAUCCAGCGAUGUACAAAUUCUGAUCGAACUCAUGGGCUGGAAAGAGCAGGCAGAUAAACCGAUUGCACUUGUUCCCACUGGAGAUACAGAUGCGCCGCCUCCCAUACCUGGUCUUAACUCCUACCCUAGGCUCACUCUACGCUCCCUUCUCAUAGACUACCUCGAUAUCAAGGCAAUUCCUCGCAGAUCAUUUUUUUCGACAAUUGCUCAUUACACAAAUGAUGCAAUGCACAAAGAACGACUAUUUGAAUUCACAAACCCGGAGUAUAUCGACGAACUGUGGGAUUACACGUCGAGACCGCGACGCAGCAUUCUCGAGGUUUUGCACGAAUUCGACUCCGUUAGAAUUCCAUGGCAGCAUGCAGUCUCCGUCUUUCCAGUGAUUCGAGCGCGGCAAUUCAGCAUUGCCAGUGGCGGGGAACGCAAGCGAACAGCUGAUGGAAAGACGCAAUUUGAACUCCUCAUUGCCAUUGUGAAAUACCAAACGGUGAUUAAACGGAUCCGAGAGGGUGUCUGCACAAAAUAUCUGUCCGUCCUCCGCCCGGGCAGCACACUUCGUAUUCAAAUUCAACCGGGGGGACUCAAUUCCUCAGUUCAGCAGCUCACUGCCUCGACCGUCCUCAUCGGACCUGGAACUGGGAUUGCGCCCCUCCGUUCCAUGCUUUGGGAAAAGGCGGCACUGGUUCAAGCUUUCCACGAGCAAAAUCCAGGUGUUGAGCCGCCAGUCGGACCCACGAUCCUGGUUUAUGGCGGCCGGAAUAAGACAGCUGAUUUCUUUUUCGAGGAGGAAUGGGGACAAUUGAGCAAACGCAUUCCUCUCCAGGUGUUGACAGCGUUCUCGCGUGAUCAGCCGCAAAAGAUCUAUGUGCAGGAUUCAAUUCGUCAAAAUUUUGGGCUUUUUUUCCGAAUUCUCCACGACAUGCAGGGAUCUGUGUACAUUUGUGGCUCGUCCGGUCGUAUGCCUCAAGCCGUGCGGGAGGCUCUAAUUGAAGCCUUUGCCAAUGGAGGUACACCCUUGUCCGGGCAGUCAUAUAAUCGGGCCCAGGCGGAGGAAUACUUAAUUGGGAUGGAAAAGAGUGGUAGAUACAAACAGGAGACAUGGUAA